AUGACCUCAGAAGGAAAUUCAGUCUUCAGGCUGAAAAAGAUUGCUCAACCCUCCAAUACAGGAAUAUUCUCUGUUAGUUCAUGCAACUCUAACUCUAUCUGGUGCCCCAGGGAUAAUCCUUUCCCUGUUCCACACGAGUGGUACCAGCCGGGUGACCUAAUAAUCGGUGGGAUUGCCUCUCAGAGCUAUUACAUUUUCUAUGAAGUUUUCUUCAAGGAACACCCAUCACAGAACCUGUUUGAUGUUUCAUAUAUGGUGCCAAAAUUUUAUCAGCACAUCCUUGCAUUGGCAUUUGCUGUGAAAGAAGUCAAUGAGAAUCCCAAUAUCUUGCCCAAUAUCACACUUGGCUUCCACAUCUAUGACAGCUAUUAUGAUGCAAGGAUGACCUACCGUACGACUCUAGACCUCCUCUUUAAGAUGCAUAGAUUUGUCCCCAACUACAAAUGUGACACCCAGAAAAACCUCAUUGCCAUCAUUGGAGGACUUGGCUCUGAUACGACCUUCCAUAUGGCAGACACAUUAGGACUCUACAAGAUUCCACAGCUCCACUCUUAUCUCCAUAGUAUUUCAUUUAACAACUCAGCUGGAGAAACAGUGACUUUUACUGAUCAAAGAGAAAUGGGAGGUGGAUUUGACAUCAUGAAUAUGGUCAUGUUCCUGAAUAGGUCCUUCAUUCGAGUGCAAGUUGGAUGGAUUGAUCCUGAUGCAAGAGAUGGAAGAGAAUUCAUCCUUUUUGAGGACAUGAUUCAGUGGCACAAUGGUUUUAAUCAGGUGAUGCCCAUAUCUGUGUGCAAUGACUACUGUCGCCCUGGUAAUCGGAAGAAAAGGAAGGAAGGGCAGAAAUUUUGCUGCUAUGACUGUACUCCAUGUCCAGAAGGGGAGAUUUCAAACCAGAAUGAUAUGGCUGACUGCUUCAGAUGCCCAGAAGAUCAGUAUGCAAAUAAGAACAAAAAUGGAUGCAUUCCCAAAUUAAUAACCUUUCUUUCUUAUGAGGAACCUUUAGGUAUCAGCUUAAUGGCAGUUCCAAUUAUUUUUUCCCUAAUCACAAUUUUGGUGCUAGGAACAUUUAUCCAACACAAAGACACUCCCAUUGUCAAAGCCAACAACAGGGAUCUCACCUACGCUCUCCUCAUUGCCCUCCUACUCUGCUUCCUCUCAUCUCUUCUAUUCAUUGGACACCCUGGCAAAGUGACCUGCCUUCUUCAACAACCCACUUUUGGCAUCAUUUUCUCCGUGGCUGUUUCUUGUGUGUUGGCCAAAACCACCACUGUAGUUGCAGCUUUCAUGGCCACCAAGCCUGGGUCCACUAUGAGGAAGUGGGUAGGAAAAAGACUGACCAACUCCAUUGUCCUUUUCUGCUCUGUCAUUCAAGUGAUUAUUUGUACUGUGUGGUUGAUGACCUCUCCCCCAUUCCCUGAUCUAGACAUGCACUCGGUAAUGGAAGAAACCAUUGUGCAAUGUAAUGAAGGCUCAGUGACCCUGUUUUACUGUGUCCUGGGCUACAUGGGCCUCCUGGCUAUUGCCAGCUUCACUGUGGCAUUUGCAGCUCGUAAAUUGCCAGACAGUUUUAAUGAAGCAAAAUUUAUAACCUUCAGUAUGUUGCUGUUUUGCAGUGUUUGGUUGUCUUUUGUCCCAACCUACCUGAGCACCAAUGGGAAAUCCAUGGUGGUGGUGGAGAUCUUCUCCAUCUUGUCCUCCAGUGCUGGGUUACUGGGCUGCAUCUUUGCCCCUAAAUGCUACAUCAUUGUGCUCAGGCCUGAGCUGAACAACAGGGAGCAAUUAAUAAGGAGAAAGCUGUAA